AUGCCCUCCGUCUACUUGGGUUCCUCCGUCUACCUGGGCGGCUGCAACGAUGGCGGUCUAGGAGGUAUCGCGACCCUGGACAAGCAAGAGCUCUUGGGAAACCUGCUGGCCGAGCGCAAUGCCGCCAUGAGUUCCUUCGCUCCGCUAGACUGGCUGGCAGCGCUUGGACAACCAGAUCGGCAGGAGACCCUGAAGAAGAAGAAGGCGUUGCUGGCUGCCUGUGCAGAGGCACCGAAGAAUGGCGUCGGUGCAAGUGAUGCUGUGAAGGACAAGGUGGAGGCUGCAGCUGUGGAUCUGGAGGCACUUUGCCCAUCCAAUCCGGCUCAGGCUUCCCUCGAGGGUGUCUGGGAUCUGCAGUACUGCACGGCGGAGGGAAGCUCUAACGGCAAAGUCGGCCCCUUCCUGGGCGACGUUACGCAAACCUUCGUUGACGAUGUCCAGUUCGUGAACGCAGUGGAGAUUGGACCAGUGAAGGUUGCCUUGCAGGCAGAACGGGAAGUCCUCAAUGACACGGAGAUCAGGGUAACUUUCAAGGAGACUGUGUUCUCAAUCCUGGGCAUCGAAAUCUUCCGCAAGCCGACUAAAGGUGCUGGGACCUGGAAGCAGAGGUUUGUGGAUGCGGGCCUCCGUGUCAUGGACACCCCAUCCCUCUUUGUGCUGCGCAAGCGCCGCAGCUAG